GAAAGAAUAUCGUGGUUGAGUGUUUUGAGUGAACGUUUUGGUUUGUUGGGCUGUACUCGUGGUGUGUGUAUAAUUUUCUAUUUUUUCUAGCCAAACGAACUAAGGUUUUCUAAUGGACCAGACGUAGCAUAAGCGGAAAUUUUGAUUAAACAAUCAAAAUGGCACCACCGGACCCAGUGACGCAGAUGAACACGUACAGAUCGUACGUGACCAUGUUGGCAGAUCCUGUUUCGAAAGAUGAAUUGAAACUGAAAGCAGCUCAAGAAUUGUCGGAGAAUUUCGAGGUCAUCAUGUGUUCCUCGCAAUAUCCGGCAUUUCUUGACCACAUGAUGAAAAUUUUUUUAAAGAUACUUCAAGAGGGUGAACCACACUUCAUCUCGGAGUACAACAUUCAACAAGUUAGAAAGCUGAUUUUAGAAAUGAUACACAGAUUGCCUAGUAACGAUUACCUGCGUCCUUACGUGAAACAGAUUUUAAGCUUGAUGUCGAAAUUAUUGGAAACCGAUAACGAGGAGAACGUACUGGUCUGUCUGAGAAUCAUCAUCGAGUUGCACAAACAGUACAAACCAACCUUUAAUCCAGAAAUACAGUAUUUUUUGCAAUUCGUUAAAUCGGUGUACAGUGAGUUACCAAAGAACUUGCCAAAAAUAUUUGAACCUAGGCCGCCGUUAAGGGUGAAAGAUUUAUCAGAAAUUAAUAUAGACGCGCUGCUAAAGGAAACUUUCACGAUCACGGCCAUUCAAAGCGAGAAGAAAGCCGCAGACGGCACUGUCGUUACGUAUAAUCUUAUUCCAAAGGCAGUACUGUCUUUGAAAGUGCUUCAAGAGUUACCAAUUAUCGUAGUACUUAUGAACCAACUAUACAAACAGAACGUGCACCAAGACGUAUCGGAUUUCAUUCCUCUCGUUAUAACAACGAUAACGCUGCAGCCGAGUCCUCAACAUCGUGCAUCGCCUGGCUUUAACAAGGAAGUUUUCGUCGAUUUCAUGGGUGCUCAGAUCAAGACUCUAUCCUUUUUAGCGUACGUUAUCAGGGUUUAUCAAGACGUGGUAUCCCAACAUAGUUCGCUAUUGGUGAAAGGUAUUCUUGGACUGUUUACUUUGUGCCCGAUGGAAGUAGCACAUUUGCGGAAAGAAUUGGUGAUCGCCUCGAGACAUAUAUUGGCGACCGAUCUUCGAAACAAAUUUAUACCGCACAUGGAGUGUUUUUUCGAUGAAGACAUCUUCAUUGGACGCGGUUGGACAACACACGAGAGUCUCAGGCCUUUAGCCUACUCCACGCUCGCUGAUUUGGUUCAUCAUGUCAGAUUAUUGUUACCGUUGAGCGAUGUUUCUAGAGCGGUACACCUGUACAGCAAGAAUUUGCUGGAUCAAAGUCUUCCAACAGCCGUGCAAAUGGUAUCCUGUAAGCUUCUGAUGAACUUGGUAGACACGGUCAGACAGAGAUCCGAUGCUGAGAACAGUAACCAAGGUAGGGAGCUGUUGAUGCGCAUUCUUUUGGUGUUCGUGUUGAAGUUCAAAACAAUCGCGAAGAUCUACAUACCGAUUCUUCGGAACAAGGCCAAGCAGAUGACGCCUCCUGGUUUGGACGUCAAAACCGAAGACGUCAAGCCAGUUAUCCCUGACCUGAACGAUGACAAGGAGACAGGAAAAUCAAAGUUUGGGUUUCCAUCUUCUCAGGCUAUGAGUUACAACGUGGCCGACUACAGAAACUUGGUGAAGAGUCUGGUGCACGGUGCUAAAGCUAUUACAGCGAACUGUAUAAAUAGCAAGACCAGCGAGGUCACGCAGUCCAAUCAAUUUCAAUCGAAAGAAACAUUGGUUUACAUUAAAUUAGUUAAAUGGGCAUUGCCGGCGUUAGACAUUUACACGAUAGGUCCUCCAACGAUUGGAGCGAUCCCUCAACCGGGUAGACCAGCACAGUCUCAAACUAUAAGAACACGCGAAGAGAAGGAGGUGCUGGAGCUAUUCGGGAACGUAUUCACCCAGAUGAAUCCACAGACAUUCCAGGAAAUAUUUUCGACUUCGAUCGACUACAUGGUCGAAAGAAUCUUCAAAAAUUGCGCGUUGCAAAUCAUCGGAAGUGCCUUUCUGUCUAGCCCCACGAUAUCGUCCACGUUCGCUACAAUAUUGGUAGAGUACUUAUUGGAGAGAAUGGGUGACAUGGGUUCUAACGUGGAAAGAAGUAAUUUAUAUUUGAGAUUAUUCAAACUCGUAUUCGGCAGCGUGUCACUUUUCCCGGCCGAUAACGAACAUAUGUUGAGGCCGCACUUGAAUCAGAUUGUCAAUCGAGCCAUAGAACUAGCCAUGUCGGCUAAAGAACCUUAUAAUUACUUCCUCUUAUUAAGAGCUUUGUUCAGAUCUAUCGGAGGUGGUUCUCACGACCUUUUGUAUCAGGAAUUUUUACCGUUGCUGCCGAACAUGUUGGAAGGCUUGAACCGAUUGCAAUCUGGUUUGCAUAGGCAGCACAUGAAGGAUCUUUUCGUCGAGUUAUGUUUAACGGUUCCGGUAAGGCUUAGCUCUCUUCUGCCUUAUCUUCCGAUGCUGAUGGAUCCUUUGGUUUCCGCGUUGAACGGAAGUUAUUGCUUAGUGAGUCAAGGCUUACGCACUUUGGAGCUGUGCGUGGACAAUCUUCAACCUGAUUUUCUGUACGAGCACAUACAGCCGGUACGAGCCGAUCUAAUGCAAGCUCUUUGGAGAACCCUACACAAUCCGACCGAUCAGGCUCACGUAGCUUUCCGAGUGUUGGGAAAAUUCGGCGGUGGAAAUCGGAAAAUGAUGAUUGAGCCACAAAAAUUGGAAUACAACGACCGAGAGACUAAUUCGCCGGCUGUCGUAGUCUACUUUCAAGAACCCACGAAACCCAUCGAUUUUCCUGUCGAGAAGGUUAUCGAAACCGCUUUCAACGCUUUGAAAUCGAACAACACCGAUUCGUUUUAUCGUAGACAAUGUUGGGAAGUGAUAAGCUGCUAUUUAGCCGCUUCGCUUCGGUUAGACGACAACAACGCGAUUCUUUAUAAACUAUUUAUGCAUCCUGCUUUCAAAGAAGGCAAAAUUCCGCAUCAGCAAGGUCCCCAUUAUAAAUGUCCAGACGCUGUCGCGAGAAAUGUUCAGCAAACGGCACUCACCGGAUUAUUCGUAGCCGCAGAAAUUAAGGAGUUGAGACAUUCCGUGUUAGGUACAGUCGUGUCGAUCGUAAGGCACUACACUAUGGUCGCGAUUGCGCAGCAAGCUGGUCCAUUUUGUCUAACCGGAAGACAGAUUCGUAUGCAGGGCCAAGAUCCUCUGGUGUUGAUCGAUGCUCUGGCCGUCAUCAUGGGCCACGAAGAGAAAGAGUUGUACAAAUCUGGUCAUCUGGCUCUAGUUUUAAUUCUCGAGACGGCAACCAAUAUUUUAGGUUCGAAAGAACGAGCCUGUCAACUACCUCUGAUGGAAUAUCUAGCCGAAAAGAUGUGUUCCCUCUGUUACGAGCGUGCUUGGUAUGCGAAACUCGGUGGUUGUAUAGCGAUUAAGUUUCUUUUCGAACGAAUGGCAACCAAGUGGGUGUUGAAUCACUUGUUCGUGUUUCUCAAGGCUUUAAUGUUCGUAAUGAUGGAUUUAACGGAGGAAGUGUCAAACGGUGCUAUAGACAUGGCCAAGGCCAACCUGGAGAAAAUGCUGAGGGUAUGCGUAAAUCCUGGCAUCCAAGACGGAAACACUGAACUGAUAGAAGCGCAGAAUAAAAGUCUGUACGAGGUAACCCACGAGCUUGUGAGACAGGUUACUUCCCCUCACACUUUGGUACGAGAACAGGCUAUGGCUUCGUUGCGAUUGCUCGCUGAGAUACAAAAUAAAACCGUAACGGAAGUAAUGGAACCGCACAAAGAAGUUUUGGCUGACAUGAUUCCUCCGAAGAAACAUUUGCUCAGACAUCAACCGGCGAACGCUCAAAUCGGUCUCAUGGAUGGAAAUACGUUUUGUACCACGUUGAAUCCUCGUCUUUUCACCAUCGAUUUGACGGUCAUGGAGCACAAAGUUUUCUUUCAGGAAUUGUUGGCUCUCAGCGAGGCGGAAGAUGCGAAUCUCAACAAACUACCUUGCUACAAAUCUGUCUCGAAUCUCAUACCUUUGAGAAAAUCGGCGUUGAGAGCGCUUGCCGCUUGUCAUUACAUCGUGGCAUGUCGAGAAAAAAUUUUUGGGGUUCUCUACAAAGCUUUGGAGAAACCGAACGCGGAAUUACAAGAAGCGGCUUUCGAAUGCAUGCAAAAGUUCAUCGCUGGCUACCAAAUCGAUAUGGAGUCCGUCCACGCGAUCAUGCGACCAAUGCUCCUAACUUUGGGCGAUCAUAGGAAUUUGAGUCUGAACUGCGUAAAACGACUGUCGUAUUUGACUCAACUGUUCCCUAGUACUUUCAGUAUUACGCUUUGCGAGCAGUUGUUACAGCAUUUGAAGAAGCUUUUGGAAAAUUUGAUACAAGCACACAAAGGUAUAUCGAAAUCCGGCGAAAAUGAACAGAAAAUUGCUACUAUCAUAGGGAUAUUUCACGAAAUUCCUGCAGCUACUCCAAAAUUCAUCGACGUUCUUUGCAGACUCGUCUUGCAAACAGAAAAAUCACUUAUGGUCGAAGUAUCCAGUCCAUUUCGCAUUCCUUUGAUGAAAUUUUUGUUACGAUACCCCACAGAAACUCUGAAUCUGUUUCUGCACGAUAAUAAUAUUAAAGAUCAGCAGUGGAGUAGGUAUUUGGAAUUCCUUAUUAAACAAAAAGAAGGGAAACCGAUUCGUGACGUGUUGCACAAUAGUACAGCGAGAUUAAUAACGAUGUUGCUCGCGCAUUCACAGACCAACUCGAAUUUGACACACAACGAGAAGAGCGAACUUCAGCAUCAAGCGAUCAAGAUCAUUUCCAUUCUGAUCAAAUUCGACGAGCAAUGGUUAUCGACGCAGACACAGUUGGUAGGUGCACUGAAGCAGAUUUGGUGCAACGACGAAUAUCAGGCAUUGCACAAAAAAGUCGAAAGCGUAGAUUAUUGUCAUUGGAAGGAACCGAAGUUGAUCGUGAAGAUCCUGUUGCAUUAUUUCCGUCAUCAUCCAAACGAUAUCGAUCUUCUUUUUCAAUUAUUACGAGCUACGUGCGACAGAUUUAUUCCUGAUUUUCAGUUCUUACGAGACUUCUUGGAGCACACCGUAGCACAAGAGUAUACCGUCGAAUGGAAACGAAGCGCCUUCUUUAGAUUCGUCGAUCACUUUCCUACGAACAAUUUAUCGCAAGAGUUGAAAGCGAACGUAUUGCAGUUAAUCAUCAUCCCCUGUUUCGCCGUGAGCUUCGAAAGAGGAGAAGGCACGAAAUUGGUCGGUGGUGCACCGAUGCCUUAUCAAGACAACCCAGAGAACGUUGUCUCCGUGUUCAUCAGCAAAAUAAUCGAUCCUGACAAUCCUUUCGGUUCGGCCGACUGCGUUCGCAUCUCUUUGCUUCAAUUUUCGUGUUUGUUAGUCGAGCAAGCGUCUCAACAUAUUCACGACGUCAGUAACAAGAGACAGGGUAAUAAAUUACGUAGACUGAUGACUUUCGCUUGGCCCUGUCUUCUGGGCAAAAACUGCGUCGAUCCAACUACUAGAUACCACGGUCACUUGCUCCUCAGUCACAUAAUUGCUAAAUUCGCUAUUCAUAAGAGGAUAGUUUUGCAAGUUUUUCACAGUUUACUGAAGGCACACGCGUUGGAUGCGAGAAACGUCGUGAGACAGGCACUGGAGAUCUUAACUCCGGCCAUGCCUGUGAGAAUGGAGGACGGUAACACGAUGCUGACGCACUGGACGAAGAAAAUCAUCGUGGAGGAAGGACAUUCCAUGCAACAAUUAUUUCAUAUUCUACAAUUGGUCGUGAGGCAUUACAAAGUGUACUAUCCUGUCAGGCACCACUUGGUUCAACACAUAGUGAACUCUAUUCAAAGAUUAGGAUUCAGUCCUACCGCCACGAUAGAACACAGGCGAUUAGCCGUAGAAUUGGCAGAAGUGAUCAUCAAGUGGGAGCUGCAUAGAAUCAAAGACGAAGCCGAAAACGCGGAAUCCGGUGGCAACAAAGGAACGAUGGGAUCCGUAAAACGACCGAUGAGCGAAGAUCCAAUGGGACCCAAACGUAUGACUACCCAAGGAGCCACGGGUAGCUCCACAGUUCCCGUAAUUAUGCCCAGGAUAGAACCAGGUUCCACGAAACCCAUCGAACGUGCUCAUGCCGAUGCGAUUCUAAAUUUUCUGCUUCGAUUAGCUUGUCAGGUGAACGACGUUACGACAAUUCAUGGUAAUCCCGGAGAACAGUUGUCCAGAAGAUGCGUAGCCCUGUUGAAGAUGGCUCUGAAACCUGAUGUUUGGCCACAAUCCUGCGAUCUUAAAUUAGCGUGGUUAGACAAAGUGUUGGCUAGCGUGGACAGUGCUCAACCGAACUACGGCAACAUUUCUACGGCUUUGGAAGUGUUAACGUUCCUGCUUGGCGUGAUGAAGAGGGAACAAAUUCUAGCCGGCUUUAAACCUUUACAACGCGGAAUCGGAGCUUGCAUCGCGAGCAGUAAUACCAAAGUUAUUCGUUUGGUUCAUGGACUGCUGUCUCGUUUGAUGACCAUUUUCCCAGCAGAACCGACUUCGUCCACUGUGGCUUCCAAGUACGAGGAGCUGGAUACCUUGUACACCACCGUUGGCAAAUUUAUAGUCGACGGAUUGGCAACGUACGAGAAGAAUACCACAGCCUCUCCGAGUUCGUUGUUCGGAACGCUGAUGAUGCUGAAAGCUGCCUGCACGAACAAUCAAAGUUACAUCGAUCGAUUGAUCACUCCGUUCAUGAGGGUUCUUCACAGAAUGGCCAAAGAUCAUUUGCACUCUACUCAAACAGAGGCCAAUCCGGUUGGCAGUGAGCUGUUGAUUCUGAGUUUAGAUCUUGUAAAGAAUCGAGUGGUAGUAAUGGGAGGGGAGAUGAGAAAAUCGUUCAUAGGCUCGAUUUUGGUUGGACUGAUCGAGAAAACGCAAGACAUAAAAGUGAUGAAAGCGAUCACGAAGAUGCUCGAAGAGUGGAUGAAGAACAAGAAUCCUAUUGCGAUGAACCAAGCGCCUAGUUUGAGAGAGAAAUCUAUCUUACUAGUUAAAAUGAUGCAGUACGUCGAGAAACGUUUUCCCGAUGAUUUAGAACUGAACAGACAAUUUUUGGAACUCGUUAAUUUCAUCUACAGAGACGAAGCUUUAAAAUCGUCCGAAUUAACUUCGAAAUUGGAGCCAGCAUUUCUUUCAGGUCUGAGGUGUGUUCAGCCUCAAAUACGAGCGAAAUUUUUUGAAGUAUUCGAUGGAUCGAUGAGGAGACGUCUUCACGAUAGACUUCUAUACAUUAUUUGCAGCCAAAGCUGGGACGCGAUCGGUCCGCACUAUUGGAUCAAACAGUGCAUCGAGCUGCUCCUCGUUACCGCGAACUCGACCACCCAAAUACAAAUGUCCAAUCAGGACACCUUAUUGCCGAGCGUAACGUCCGUGAUAAAUAUGGCAGACAGCGAAGAGCACAAAAACUUUAUGAUAUACAGCUCCGUAAAGGAAGAACCUCAGGAUAUUUCCGAAACAACCGACGUAAAAGACGAAAUUCUAGAUAUGGAUUUGUCCAACGUGGAUUCGACCACUGUACCCGAAGAAAUUAUCACCACUGGAAAAGCCACGUUGACGCAGUUGAUCGCGAAACAAGGGGAAUUCAUAGACUACGCCAAGAAAAUCAGAACAGAACAAUUACUAUUGGCCGCGGCGCAACUUUGCCACAUGGACACGAACUUGGCUGAACGCGUUUGGCUGGACACUUUCCCACGCAUCUGGAGCAUCCUGGACGAACAUCAACACAAUACAUUAAUCGCGGAGGUAGUGCCGUUUAUCUGUAGCGGUACGCAUGUCAUUCAAAAAGAUUGCCAUCCAAGCGCGAUCGCCACGUUCGUCGAAGCGAUAUCUCAUUGUAAUCCUCCGGUGCCAAUGCGGCCAGCCUUGAUGAAGUACUUGGGUAGAUCUCAUAAUCUCUGGCACAGAAUGACCUUGAGUUUGGAGCAAAUGGCUUUUGACAAUGGAAAUAAUCAGUUCAAGGUGAAAAGGGAGUCCGAUUGCUACGAUUUCGAGCCCGACAACAGUCCUCAUGCCGAAAUUCUGGACUCGUUGUCGGACAUGUACUCUUUGCUAUGCGAGGAGGACAUGUGGUCCGGCCUCUGGCAGAAACAUGCUCAUUACAAGGAAACUUUGCAAGCUACCGCUCUCGAGCAGCAAGGAUUUUUCGAACAAGCACAAGGAGCUUACGACGUGGCGAUGACAAAGUUUAAGCAAGACUACGUGUCCACUCCGGCUCCUUUCAAGAUACAACGCGAAGCUAUGCUUUGGGAACAACAUUGGAUAAGGUGCGCGAAGGAAUUGAACCAGUGGGACUUAUUACUGGACUAUGGUAGUAAAAAAGCAGAAAAGAAUCCGUUUUUGAUUCUGGAAAGUUCUUGGCGCAUUCCCAAUUGGACAUUGAUGAAAGAAGCUCUCGCUCAGGUAGAGCAUAAUUGUCCAAAGGAAAUGGCCUGGAAGGUGAACUUGUAUCGUGGUUUCUUGGCGAUAUGCAACAGCGAGGAUCAACACUUGAACGCGGUUGAACGAUACGUGGAAUUAGCAUCCGGCCUCUGUAUGCGCGAAUGGCGCAGAUUACCUCAUAUCGUGAGUCACGUACACUUACCGUUGCUUCAAGCUGCCCAGCAGAUCAUGGAACUGCAAGAGGCGAUGCAAAUUCAUCAAGGACUAUUGCAUGGAAGAAGUACGUCGUUGCACGACAUGAAAGCUAUCGUAAAAACCUGGAGAAAUCGGUUGCCCGUAAUAGCCGACGAUUUGAGUCACUGGUCGGACAUUUUCACUUGGCGACAACAUCAUUAUACCUUCAUUUCGAGUCAUUACGAUUCUCAGCAAGAUCAAACGACUAAUCAUUCGAUGCUUGGCGUUCAUGCGUCCGUCCAAGCGAUCAUACACUUUGGUAAAAUAGCCAGGAAGCAUAAUCUCUGCGGCGUAUGCUUGGAUUCUUUGUCUAGGAUCUACACGAUACCCAGCGUUCCUAUAGUGGACUGUUUCCAGAAGAUCAGGCAGCAGGUUAAGUGUUACUUGCAAAUGGCAUCAGUCAGUGGCAAGAAUGAAUUGCAAGAAGGCCUGGAAGUGAUCGAGUCCACGAACCUUCGAUACUUUACCAAGGAAAUGACCGCCGAAUUCUAUGCGUUGAAAGGUAUGCUGUUGUCGCAGAUAGGUCGAUCCGAUGACGCCAAUAAAGCCUUCUCAGCUGCUGUUCAACUACACGACACUCUGGUAAAAGCUUGGGCACUAUGGGGCGAUUACUUGGAACACAUCUUUACUCGCGAUGCUCGUCAGAUAUCAAUUGGAAUCUCAGCGAUAACCUGUUUCCUUCACGCGUGCAGACAUCAAAAUGAGUCCAAGUCUAGAAAGUAUUUAGCGAAAGUAUUGUGGUUACUCACCUACGACGACGACAAAUCUUCCUUGAUGGAGGCUGUUGAUAAAUACGCCGUGGGUGUUCCACCCAUUCAAUGGCUACCAUGGAUACCUCAACUGUUGAUGUGUUUGGUCAGACACGAGGGCAACGUAAUUCUGAAUUUAUUGAGUCAAGUUGGGAGAAUGUUCCCGCAAGCCGUUUACUUCUCUAUCAGAACUUUGUAUCUGACGCUGAAGAUCGAGCAACGAGAGAGAUACAAGAGCGCGGAAUUGGCUGCUGGAAAGAAUCAAGAAGGCGUGGAAGGCCGUGGUGCUGCUGGAAAUGUGCAGCAGCAAGGAGUACCUGAAACGGGACCAAUUCGAGCUACGCCGCCAAUGUGGAGAUGUUCGAAAAUCAUGCAUAUGCAAAGAGACAUUCAUCCUACUAUUUUGUCUAGCUUGGAGGGAAUCGUAGAUCAGAUGGUGUGGUUCCGAGAAACCUGGUACGAAGAAGUCCUGAGGCAAUUGAGACAAGGCCUAGCCAAGUGUUACGCGAUAGCUUUUGAAAAUCGUGGUGCAGUGAGCGAAGCAACCAUAACUCCGCACACACUGAACUUCGUGAAGAAGCUGGUGUCGACAUUUGGCAUAGGAAUCGAAAAUAUAUCCUCGUCUCAAAAUGUGAACAACACGUUUGGCUCAGCGGCUUCAGAAUCCUUGGCGCGCAGGGCUCAAGCUACCGUUCAGGAUCCCGUCUUCCAGAAAAUGAAAGGACAAUUCACCAGCGAUUUCGAUUUCACCGUACCUGGAGCAAGGUUGCUUCACAAUCUGAUCAGCAAACUUAAAAAAUGGAUCAAGAUUCUCGAGGGAAAGACUAAGCAAUUACCAAAGUCCUUCUUGAUCGAGGAAAAGUGUCGAUUCCUGAGCAAUUUUAGUCUAAAGACUGCCGAGGUGGAACUUCCAGGCGAAUUUCUAUUACCUAAACAUUCUCACUACUACGUCAGGAUAGCCAGGUUCAUGCCAAGAGUCGAAGUUGUUCAACGACACAAUACCGCAGCCAGGAGGUUACGUAUUCGCGGUCACAAUGGUCGUCUGUACCCUUACUUGGUCGUGAACGAUGCCGGACUCGGUGAUGCAAGACGAGAAGAGCGUGUUCUACAAUUGUUACGAAUGUUGAAUCACUAUUUGGCAAAACAGAAAGAAACUUCCAGACGAUUUUUGCACUUUACCGUACCUCGAGUUGUCGCGGUUUCACCGCAAAUGAGGCUAGUCGAGGAUAACCCAGCUUCCGUUUCUCUGUUGGACAUAUACAAGCAAGGUUGCGCGAAAUUAGGUAUAGAACAUGACGCGCCUAUCGCUAGAUAUUACGAUAGGCUAGCAACGGUGCAAGCGAGAGGAGCGCAAGCGAGUCAUCAGGUAUUAAGAGACAUACUUAAAGAGGUACAAACGACGAUGGUUUCCAAGACUAUGUUGAAAGAUUGGGCGGUGAAAACUUUCCCAGGUGCAACUGAUUACUGGACCUUUAGAAAAAUGUUUACCCUGCAAUUAUCUUUGGCUUGCUUCGCGGAGUAUGUACUUCAUCUGACCAGAUUAAACCCUGAUAUGAUGUACGUGCAUCAGGAUUCGGGACUCAUCAACAUCGCUUACUUCAAGUUCGACGUUGACGACACAUCCGGUGAGCUAGAUGCCAACAGACCAGUACCGUUCCGAUUGACUCCGAAUAUUCUUGAAUUCCUCACGAGUACAGGUGUCUCUGGGCCAUUGACUGCCAGUGCCAUUGCCACGGCACGAUGCCUGGUGCAACCGUCCUUCAAAGUACAUACGAUUCUCCGUGCGAUCUUACGAGACGAAGUAAUCGCGGAUCACAACAAGAAACAGGAAGAUGCAGAGAAUGCGUCUCAAACUCCGACAGACAUGAAAGGCGAACUUCUGAUAACGAUGGUUACCCGUGCGGUGAACGCGAUCGUUGGCAGACUUAAUUCUUUGGCCAACUUCGAUGGGACCGACAGUAAAGUUAGUACACUCGUUGCUGCGGCCAACAGUCACGAUAACCUGUGCAGAAUGGACCCGUCUUGGCAUCCGUGGCUAUAGACGCGUUUUCAGAUAGGCCUACUUGUGCUUCCAAUAGAAAUUAAAUGCAGGGAACAUCGAUGGGCGUGGAUGAUUUCGUUUGGAGAACAACUACGAGCAUCGAUAUUCCCUGGACUUUGGAUCUCUUGAUACACACAGCUUUCAUUUCAGAUCAAAUGCUUCGUUCUUGUGUAAUUUCAGUCGGAAAGAAUGAUUGUAAUACGUGUAAAUAUUACGUGAAAACGUUAGGGAUCGUUUGCAAGGGACGUUUCCAAGAUCGAAGAGGGAAUGAAAUUGUUCGAUUAAACGUUUCUUGCGUCGAAAAAUUUCGAUCGUUUAUUCUCGACCUGUUUAUACCGUGUAAAAAUUCUCGUUUCGAGAAUACUCUAUUGUAUCAUUUACUGUACAUAUUUUUAAAUGUAAGCGUUAUUUAUAGCGAUUUGUCAGAAAGUGUUUAUAAAGUGAAAGAAAAGAGAGAAAAAAUGCGAGAGAGCGAGAGAGAGAAAGAGAAAUAAACUAUGUAAAGUAAUUACCUUUUCUGAAUUCGGCUGUUUCGUUCUUUAUAUUCCUCGAUAAAUCAGUCGAAACGAAGAAGAAAACAUUAAAAUUGAGUUCGUAUUAAAUUCA